AUGAAAGGAUUUGGUGUAGAAAGAGUCCCUAAGACUAAAGCUGAAUGGAACACCGAGGAUUAUAAACUUAUCUCCUUGAAUGCCAAAGCCAAAGUCAAUCUUAAUUAUGCUAUAAGUCCUAGUGAAUAUAAUAGAGUCUCUACUUGCACCACAGCUAAAAAAAUAUGGGAUAAACUCCAGAUUACUUAUGAAGGGACAUCACAAGUUAAGGAAUCCAAAAUUGAUAUCCUUAUGCAUCAAUAUGAACUGUUUCGCAUGAAUGAAAAUGAAUCUAUUAGUACAAUGUUUGUGAGAUUUACUGACAUUAUUAAUGGCUUAAAGCACCUUGGCAGAACUAUUACUAAUUCUGAUCUUGCAAGGAAAAUUCUUAGAAGUUUACCUGAAAAAUGGGAUGCUAAAGCAACUGUAAUUAAUAAAGCUCAUAACCUCAAUACACUUGAGUUGGAUGAACUUCUCGGUUCUUUUCUCACAUGGGAGAUCACUCUAAAAGAUAGAGAAGGAGAUCAUCAUCGAAAGAAAGAAUUGCUCUAA